UUAUUGGACAGCUGCGCGAGUGCGGUUGUGAGAGUGCGCUCUUUGCGGUUGAAAUCGCGAAAGAAAAAAGAAAACGAAAUUAACCAAAUUGAAUCGAAAGGCGAGGCAAAGGCGAAGCAAUUUCUCGACAGCCAAACAGAAGAAUAUUAUUUAUUAGAGUAAAAAGCGACAAAAAAUUUAGCGAGAAAGAUAAACGGUUGUCCCCGCUUCCCCUUGCAAAAAUAAUCUCUAUUGAUUUUCGCGACGACAAAAGCAAGCAUUUCUAAAGUUUGUCCAAUAAGAGCAAAAUAUAAUCAAAAUUCGUCUUGUUGGACAAUUUGCCAAUUUCCCAGUGGUCGCUACCACAGCACCGACAACAACUACAACAGCAGCAACAACAAUGAUGUAGAUAGUGUGCUGCUUUAACUAAGUCGAGUAAUAGCGUCGUUAGAGUGCAAACACGAUCGAGUGCGCGCGAUAAAUGCAAUAACAAACAACAACACCACAUGCAGAAAUUCAUCACUGCAAGUGAGAGUGUGCGUAAACUUGUGUUUGUGCCUGUGUGUGAGUGUUCAAUGUGCUUGUGUGCAAGCGUCUUUUGUAUUUGAGAAGAUGCAAAAAGCAAAACCAAAUAUGUGUUCAGCGAAUAAAAAUUGUCAUUGAAAGUUAGCUCUCCUAAAAUAAGAAAAAAAAGAAGCAAAUCAACCGGCAGCAGGACGACGGCAAAGCUUUGGGAGUGGCCUUGGACUGCGUUUUAGCCAAAAAUUCCAAUUGGAUUUCGACAACACAAGAGCAACACAACAAAAAUGUGGAUACCAUCCAACAACAAAUACGGCGUCGCCAUCCAUAAUUGGCAUGGCGAUGUGCGCUAUGGAUUGCCGCUGGAUGUCGGCGACUCUGUGGACAUUGUGGAGGAGUGCAAGUAUUGGUAUCGCGGCUCCUGUCCACGCAAAUCGCGAGCUGUUGGCCUCUUUCCCAAAACCUACAUACACAUCAAGGAUCUAUCCAAAAUCGAUCCUGUUGUCGCCGAGUGCACACAAGUGUUGCGCGAAUGGUCUGAGAUCUGGAAGCGACUCUAUGUGGAUCGUGAGGCGUAUAAAUUUCAAACUCUGCGCAAAGUUAUGUUCUCUAUACUGGAGAGUCGAAGAGAACUCUUGAGCGCCACUAUGACACAGGAUCAGACAACCGAGCUGCAAAUGGUUGUGGUGUCGAAAAUCGAUUGGGGAAAUCGCAAACUGGGACUCGAUCUGGUGCCACGUGUGGGACCAUUGGCCGUCGAUCCACAUGGCAUUGGCAUUGUGAAGCUCUACAAUGUGCACGUGAGCAGUGCCGACAAUGCCAAGGCCUCCUCGAGUCGCGGCACGCUGCGCAGAAAGACGCAGCGCAAGAUUCUCAGUCAUCAUUUAUAUUUUUGCAUGCGUGACUUUGGACAUCGCAUUGGUGGCGAUGAUGCCGAGGUCUAUUUCUUUCUUUACGACGGCAAUCGUAUGCGUCCGCUGUCCGAGCGCUUUCUGGUGAAGAUCUCCAAGGAUGGCUUCUCCAAUUACAUAGAGAAACUGCACAGCAAUUGCUCUGUUUUCACAGAUCUUGGCGCCGCUGAUCUGCAUGAGGAGCUGCAUCUUGUUGCAGUUGUAAUGCGGGUGGGUAAAAUCAUACAAUCCGAUUCGAUCAAGAAGACUGAGAAGAACAACACCUGCUUGGGUGGCGCCACCUAUCGACGUCCUUUUGGAGUUGGCGUUCUCUCGCUGAGCGACAUUUGUCAGCUGGACAACAGUCUGGAGCAACAGUCGAGCGAGGAGCACGAGUAUAGCUUCAAACUGUAUCAAAGCGAGGAGAAGGAUUUCCAUUUGCUGCCCGAACUCAUCAUUAAGAAGUCCAGCGGCAAAUUCUCGCCCAUACAAACGGGCAAUCAAAGCACUCAGGGUAUUGUAGUAUCGCUCAAGCUGCUGCACGGUGGCUUGGGUCAGGCCCGAGCGGAGCAGCCGCUGCUCUUCCAGGGCACGACGAUUACACGCAAAAUGGGUUUCCCCGAUGUCAUCAUGCCCGGUGAUGUCCGCAACGAUCUCUUCCUCACGCUGGAACGUGGCGAAUUCGAGCGUGGUGGCAAAAACACUGGCAAGAACAUUUUGGUCACCGUUGUGGUCUUGGAUGUCGCUGGCAAUGUGCUCAGCGAUUGCCUGUGGGGUGCCUCGGGCAUGGAUGCGCUGCCUCAGUAUCGCUCCAUGAUACUCUAUCAUCAGAAUGCGCCCAGCUGGAAUGAGAUGCUGCGCCUCAGUGUGCCCAUCGAUAAGUUUGCCACCGCGCAUGUCCGUUUUGAGUUUCGUCAUUGCUCGACACGAGAGAAGUCGGAACCGAAGCUGUUUGCCUUCAGCUUUGCACGGCUGAUGGACACGAGUGGCGCCACUUUGGGCGACGGUCAGCACGAGUUGUAUGUGUAUAAGUGCGAGGAUCCGGCCAAGUUACAGGCAUCCAGCUAUUUGCGGUUGCAGUGCCGUCCGCGGGAUGCGCAGGCCAAGAUGGAUUGCAGUGGUUGUUUUAGUCGCAGCUCCAAGGAGGUGUUUGUGCUGCGCUCGCUGCUCUGCUCCACGAAACUGACACAGAAUGCGGAUCUGCUGUCGCUGCUGCAGUGGCGAGCACAUCCCGACACCAUACAGGACUCGCUGACGGGAGUGCUGCGUUUGAACGAUGAGGAGCUGGUGAAGUUCUUGCAAGAUGUGCUCGAUGCAUUGUUUGCCAUGUUUUCCAAUGAGGAGGGCAACAGCACCACGCAUUCGGGACUGGUCUUCCACGUGCUCGUGAGCAUCUUUAGCCUGCUGCAAAGCAACAAGUUCCAGCACUUUCGUCCCGUGAUGCACGAAUACAUUGAGAAUCAUUUUGCUGCCGCCUUGGUGUACAAAGGGCUCAUUACAUCGGUGGAGCACAUGGCCGUAUUUAUGACCAAAGCCGAGCAUCCGGAUCCGUUUCAAAAGUGCUUCGGUUCGCUGGAGUACAUCUUCAAGCUGCUGAUACAGUCGCGUCGUCUAUUUGCACGCGCCACAGGCGGACAGUAUGAAGACUCGUUUAGACGGGAUCUGCACUCGCUGUUCACGGCUUUGAAUGGCAUGCUGGCGGUGCCAUCGUAUGAUGUCAUUAUACCCACACAGGAGGCGCUGCUCAACUCAACGGGCGUGGUGUUGGAGCAGCUAAAGGAUACGCUGCCCGCUCCAGAGCUGGGCAUGCUGGCGAGGAAUAUGCUGGAUGCCAUACCACGCGGUGCACCGAACCGUCUCAUUCAGGCCAAGCUGCAGGCGGUCAAGGAUUUGGUUUCCGGUGAACUCUUUCAUGAGGAUGAUUCACGCACUGUUGUCUUAUCGGUGGCCUGCAAACAUUUGCGCAUGCAUUUGAGUCGGCGCGACGAGCUGCGUCUCUGCGCCGAGAUUCUCUCGGAGAUCUUAACCCAACUCUACGAACUGCAGCGUGAGCAACGCGACAAGGUCACAAACACACUGCAGCACGAUCUGGACUCGUUAUGCAAGAAUAUUCUGGGCAUUUUGAUACGCACCAUCAGCAUCAUUAUGGAGGGUUCAAAUGCGGUGCUGCCUCAAUUAGUAGCCUGCCUGUUGGGGCUGCUGCAGCUGCUCGAUGAGACGCACUACAAACGCUUCUGGGACGAGUUGACGCCCAACAAGGAUCCGCGCGACCUCAAGGACUUCCUCAGCAAGUCGCUGCUCGUCUACGAGGAGCUGCUCACUCAGGAUUGGCUCGUGUAUCCCAAUGACUGGUUGGUUAUGAAGCUAGCUGCGAAUGAUGUGCUGCGCAAGUCACUGGAAGAGUUUGCCAAGCCUUUGGUCUAUCGUUUCCUUGGCCCGCAGGCCUUUGAUUCGCAGCUCUGGUGGAGUUACUUCAGCUUGGCCGUCACCUUUCUCACCCAACCCUCGCUGCAGCUGGAGCAGUAUAGGGAACCUAAGCGAUUGAAAAUACUGCAUUCGCAUGGCGAUAUGCGUGUCCUGAUGGGCUUCCAAAUACUCAGCAUGUGGUCGCAGCUGGGCGAACAAAAGCUGCACUUCAUCCCCUCAAUGGUUGGGCCAUUCCUGGAGGUGACUUUGGUGCCAGAGCCAGCUCUGCGCAAGGCCACGCUCUCCGUCUUCUAUGACAUGAUGCAGUGUGAACAGGCUGCUCGUGGAUCUUUUAGGCUAGUGGAGAGCGAGCUCAUUGACAAGCUGGAUCUGUUGAUCAGUGAGAACAAAGGAGACGACGAAUAUCGAGAGCUGUUCAGCACCAUUUUGCUGGAGAAAGUGCAAGUGGAGAAUCCAAACUGGAAGGAUGCGGGCACAGCUUUCAUUGGUUCAGUAACGCGACUUCUCGAGAGACUGCUCGACUAUCGCAGUGUCAUGCAGGGCGAAGAGAAUCGCGAUAAACGCAUGACGUGCACCGUCAAUCUGCUAAACUUCUAUAAAAACGAAAUCAAUCGCAAGGAAAUGUAUCUAAGAUACAUCUACAAGCUGCACAAUCUGCAUCUGCAGGCAGAGAACUAUACCGAAGCAGGCUACACACUGAAACUGUAUGCUUCCAUGCUCAGCUGGGAUCGUGAGACGCAAAGCUUUGCGCCCUUCGACAAUGGCGGACAGCCCGAAUGGCAACGCAAGGAACGACUCUAUCACGAGAUACUCAAAUACUUCGACAAAGGCAAAUGCUGGGAGAAGGGCAUUCCACUUUGCAAAGAACUGGCGCAGCUCUACGAGACGCGUCGCUUUGACUACAACAAGCUGAGCGAUAUACUCAUACUGGAAGCCAAGUUCUUUCAAAACAUAUUGACCCAACUCCGCCCAGAGCCAGAAUACUUCCGUGUUGGCUUCUAUGGCAUGGGAUUGCCCUUGUUUGUGCGAAACAAGCAGUUCGUCUACCGUGGCCUGGAGUACGAGCGGAUUGGCGCCUUUACGCAGCGCCUGCAAACCGAGUUCCCCAGCGCACAGAUACUGGCCAACAACAGUCCACCGGAUGCCGCAAUUCUGAAUGCGCCCGAGCAAUACAUUCAGAUCAGCAAUGUGCGACCCGUGGGCGAUGCACAGGCUCUCAAGACAGCCAUGGUGCCGGUGCCAGAGAAGAUAGCGCGCUUCUACGAGGUGAACGAUGUGACACGUUUCAUCUACGAUCGACCCAUGUACAAGGGUCCUAUCGAUAAGGACAACGAGUUCAAAUCUCUCUGGAUUGAGCGAACUACACUGGACAUUGCCAGCACGUUGCCAGGCAUCUUGCGUUGGUUUGAGGUCAAGCAAAAGUCAGUGCAGGAGCUGACACCAGUGGAGUAUGCCUGCGAGAUUAUUAGCAAUGCGGGCAAGGAGCUGGCCGAGCUGAUUGUGCAGUAUCGACGCGAUCCCAAGCGCAACAUAAAUCCGUUUUCAAUGCGACUACAAGGCACCAUCGACGCGAAUGUCAUGGGCGGCAUUAGCAAGUAUCAGGAGGCCUUCUUCUCCGAGCAUUUUCUCAAGUCACCACAAGGCGCAGGCCAGCAGGCGAAUGUGCAGCGCUUGAAGAUCUUGAUUCUAGAGCAGAUACAGAUAUUGGAGCAGGCAUUGGAACUGCAUGGGCAACUGGCGCCAGCUGGCGUGCAACCGUUGCACAAUCGUCUUCUCGAGCGUUUCUCGCAACUGAAACAAAGUCUCUCCGGCAUGGGUCGGUUAAAGCGUCAGCCUUCCGAGAGCAUUGUGAAUACACCGCUGCCGCCACUGCCAACGGAACAGCGCACAGCAGCAGCAGCGGCAGCGGCGGCUGCACACCAGCAAAUGGCCAGCGGCAAUCCGAACGCUAAUUAUGUGUACGAACUGGACGAGAUCUAUACGCGACCCGGAGACACGCUGCGACCAGUGGAAGCGAUGAAUUCCUAUCAGACGCUCAGCAAGGAGAGUCUCAGCAUUGAGCUGAUCGAGGCGCCGCCAGUGCCCAAUCGUCCGCGCUCACAGAACUUUAUAACGAACGGCGCGAUGGACAGUCCCGAGGUGCCGCCAAAGCGUCAACCGACCUACAAUUCACCCAAUGCACCGCCAUUGCCACCGCGAGGCAUUACACCGGACAAACGCGCCUCCAAUCCCUUGAUAUUCAAUGACUUUGGCACUUCGGCAGAUGCGACAGCCCGACGGCACUCGGCACAGCAGCAGCAUGGCCAAAAGUAUGCUGUGGUCGAUAUUAGUUUCGAUGAUCCCGAAGCGGAUCAGCAACCACAUUCGCUGCCCCACAACCUGCAAGAGGCUGGCAGCCAUUUGAAUGUUUGCUUUGCGCCCAAUGAUUUUCGUGACUCGGGCAUUUCCACCACUAGCUCGCGAGAUCUUAAUCAGUUGAACAAUCUAAGCGAAGAGUCGUCCUCCAUUUCCCUGAGCACGGUGCAUCAUCGAGAGCAUUGCCGCAUCAGCUCGAAUGGCAGCCUGGAUAUGCAGAUGCAUGGGGGUGCCCUGAAUAUAACGCAACGGGAGAGUUCCACCAGUUCCUUCGAUGUGGAAGACAUACCUGUGCCACCGCCACCCAUUCCGCCUAAGUCGCUGGGCGUGAGUUCGAAUGGUCUGGGCGCUGGCAUUGGCAUCGCUGUGGACGAGGCACACACACCAAACACACAUCCAUCGCUUAAUCAUUCCAUCAACAAUCACCAUCAAUUGCAGCAACAGCACAAUGGCAUCGGCAGCGGAAAUGGCGAUGCCGAUGACUAUAGCUCCCCGCAGCAUCACCAUCAGGCCACUAGCAAUGGGAAUAGCCUGGCGGGGAGCGCAAUGCAGGCAUCGUCCAUGUCCACUGUAGCUGCUGAGGCAGCAACCACAACAACAAACACAUCUUCAUCCAGUCAUCAUCACGAUGGCGGCACUUUUUGAGUUACAAUAUGUCGCUGCCAUCAUCCACCCGAUCAGCCGCAUCAGCCACACAAGCCAUCCUCAUCCACAUCGACGUCGAGCAGCACGGCAACCCAGACUGCCACCGAGAGCUCGGACUCUAGCACGUCCACGCCAUCAUUGACACCACCACCUCCACCGCCGCCACCACCGCCGACUUCUGCAUACGUACAAUCAUUCAAUCAUCAUACACUACAUGGUCAUGGUCAUGGUCAUGGACACAUCCAUGCUCCAACACCUGGUCCAGCGGCGCACUAUUGCCAGGAGUGUCUGUCGUCGCCAUCGCCCACGCCGACCAUCAUCACUGAGCAGGCGUUGGUGCAUGCGACGCCCGCUGCAUCUACUGCCACAAUGCGGCAGCCACACAUUGAGCAUUGCUCAUGUGGCCUGAGUUUCUCUGUGGAGCAGCAUGAUCAGGAGCUGCCCUCAUUUGGCUAUCAAAUGGAUCAAAUGGAGCAACAACUGAACUGCCAACAUCAGCAUCACCAUCAACACCAACACCAACACCAACAACAUCAUCACCAUCAUCAUCACCAGCAGCAGCAGCAGUUGCAAGGUCAAUCCCAAGCGGCGCAAACCGAUUUCUCUUAUCUGCAGCGCUAAGCAAAUGGGUUGACGCUCAGCCGACGAAGAACGUUACGAGUAUUGUGUCAAUAGAAAUUAUUUCAUUUUAGUUAAUUAAUCUUUUGUAAUUAUUUGUUUUUGGUGCCAAAUGUUCGCUGCAUAUCCAAAGCGCAAUGAAAACGCAAGUUGUAAAAAAUAGGUUGCUUCUAGAAUUUCCUAAUUUAGUUGGACUAUACGUUAAGAAAUUAUUUUACAAUUACAUAUACACCUAUAUUAUGAAUUUAUUAUACGAGUUACACGGGGAAUUGUCGCGAAAGUUACUAAAAAAAACAGAUCAAUAAAGUGAAAUACAUACAUGUAAACUACAAAAGUUUAGAGCCUAAGUAAAAUGCAAAUGAUCAAAUUUCUAAUAAAUAUUUAUAUGCAUAUUGUAUCGAAAAUCAAA